AUGCAGCUUGUUAUAGAUACCAAACCACCUGCUCCACCUGGCGCGCCACCAGCAGCAGUACCACCACCACCGGCUCCGGCCGUGCUUCCUCCACUGGAUGAGCAGAAGACGCAAUCGGCAAAAUCGGGGAAAGAGGAUAAGGAACCCAAGAAAGAGGAAACUGCUAAGGAAGGCGAAGAAAAGAAGAAAGAAGGCUCAAAGAAGGAAGGGUCGAAGAAGGAGGAGCCGAAAAAAGAAGGCUCAAAGGAGAAGGAAAGUUCAAAGAAGGAAGGCUCGAAAGAGAAGGAGGGGUCCAAGAAGGAGGGGUCCAAGAAAGAGGGGUCUAAGAAGGAAGGGUCCAAAAAGGAGGGUUCAAAGAAGGAGGGGUCCAAGAAGGAAGGGUCCAAGAAAGAAGAGAAAAAGGAUGGUUCGAAGAAGGAAAUUGCAAAGACGCAGCAAAGUGAGCAAAAGGGGGCCGAGGCGAAAGAGGAGAAGAAGGAGGGAGAGGAGAAGAAGGAGGAAAAGAAGGAGGGCGGGGAGAAAAAAGAGGAAAAGAAGUCGGAAAAAGAAAAGGAAAAGAAAUCUGAAAAGGAAAAGAAGUCGGAAAAGGAAAAGAAAUCGGAAAAGGAAAAGAAGUCGGAAAAGGAGAAAAAAGAGGAGAAGAAGGAAGGGGAGAAAAAGGAAGAAAAGAAGGAGGGGGAGGAGAAAAAGGAGGAGAAGAAGGCUUCGGAAAAGGAAAAGAAAGAGGAGAAGAAAGAAGAGGAGAAAAAGGAGGAGAAGAAGGAAGGGGAGAAGAAGGAAGGGGAGGAAAAGAAGUCGGAAAAGGAGAAAAAAGAGGAGGAAAAGAAGGAGGAGGGGGAAAAGAAGGAGGAGAAAGAGGCUGAUACGGACAAAAAAGAUGAGGGCGAAGGUGAAAGUUGA